CAAUCGCGGCCAUAACCAUCUUUCUUCCUUUGGCCGUUUUGCCAAUGGGAUUUGCGCAAAUCAUAAAAUAAAUAAUCUAUGUUUGAAACAGAGGCUACUGCUUCGUGUUCUUCAAGGAGACGGAAGAGUUACUGAAAUAAAUUUUGAUAAUACUGAGGAAAUACAAGAUAUCAAUUACUGCUAUGUUAACGGUAAAAACCCAAUAAGCAUUUACCUAUUAUUUGAUCAAUACAUUUUGAUAUCAUACGUUCAUGCAAAUGAUACCUCCGACAGCACAACAUAUAUGGAUCGAGGAAUGGUUAUAUAUUGGAACGGGAAAAUUAUGAGUAUAAUCAAUUUUGGACCAUCCUACUUGUUUCCAAACAGCACAACUUGGAGUCCAAUUGAAUUUUUUGUAAAUAAAAUGUUCCCCGAAGAGGAUUUAUGCGUUUAUCUGGGGUGCGUGGAACGAAUAAUUUUAAAUGGAGCCAAUAUGAAUAAUCUUAACAAUUUUCAAAUUACCGCGCUUCAAACUUUAGAUAGUGGUUAUGCGAUUGUAUACUCUGAUGCGAUAAAUACUCAAGAUUCAACUAAUACAACUAUAUCCACAACCACAUUGACUCCUGUUACAACCUUACCAGCUCAACCUACUACUACGGAUAAUGUGGCACCUAACGGAAAUUCAGCGAAUGUUAGAACACUGCCUCUUGGAGGGUACGCUUUAAUAUUGCAGCAAUCGUCCGGAUCUACCGUAUUCAAUUUUAGUCUUUAUAAUGAAAACAAUCAACUAUCUGAUUAUAAAUUUCCUCUGAAUCCUAUUAUCUCAAACUUAAUUGGCGCGUUUGAUAUAUUGCAAAAUAAUACGAUGCUGGUGGCACAAAAUGAAACAUCUACCGCUUGGAAUCUUAUUUCAAUCCAAUUACCGUUACUUUCCUCAUAUCAUGCAUUCCCUCAAAAAGGCAGUAAUAAUCUAACAAAUAAUUACAACGAGAUUAACAUCACAUUUCAAGACCCAGUUUCGUUUGCGAAUGGCAAACUAUAUAUUUAUCAAGCAUCUAGUCAAAGCGACAUUCUUCGACAAAUUAUUAAUUCAAAAAAUUGUACUCAAUGUACUACACGAGACAAUGUCGUCACACUUAAUGUAUAUGAUUCCACUUUUAACGUGCCUGGUGGUCAAUAUUAUAUACAAAUUGAUAAUAACUUUGUCAAGAAUUCAAUAUAUGAUGAAGCCAUUUUGGGAAUUAAUUCGCAUGUGUGGACUUUUCAUACAGCUGACAUCAAUGUUAGUAAACAAUCAGGUGAUAUCUGGGGAUCGCUACAAUUAACAACGAAUGGAACUCAAUAUUUUUACAAAUUGAGUGAUUCAGAAAGAUCUGUCUUUUUUACCGAAUUAAUAAAUGAACUCACAAAAGGCGGCGAAAAGCUGUCUUGUACACAAUUAGCGAACAAUUUAAACCAAUUAAUAACGAAUGGAGCAUCUACAAGUAUAUCAACGGGACUUAGGACAAAGUAUUUAUAUCCUAAUUAUGGAUUUCAACAACAAGCUA